UACCAUCAUCUCUUCAAUCGAUAAGCCGCCGCCCCCUCCUUCCCACCGCUUCAUUCAGGGUUCAACCAAAGCGCCACGAGGCUAUCAUAUGCCCACUCCACUAGCUCCAUCAAUGGCAGCAAAGCACGUCUACACCAACACAACUCCCUCACACUUGCCUGGAAGCUAUCAAAAAAUUUCAGCAAGGAAAGUCUAAUUGAGCCCUAAUAGGUAUAAAUCUUCGGUAAGUUUUGUUAUAAUCCAUUCAUAAGAUAAGAUCUACAUACAUCUUGUUGGUUUUUUGGGUCGUCAUGGUGCUCUAGUAUUGUAGAAUGGGAUGAAUUUUUCAAUUUAACGCUGUGUAUUUAUAUGUGUCAUUUUAAAUAUUUGGAGUUUUUUUAGAUGGAAAAAAUAGUUAGAAAGGCUUAUUUGAUAUUUAAACAAUAGUUUAAGGCCAAAAUAGUUAUUUUGUGUAGAUUAAAAUUUUUAAUUUAAAAUAAGAAUUAAAUAUUAAAUUAAUUUAUUAGUUAAAACUCUAUUUUUAACACAUGAAAAAUAAUUUUAUAAUUUAAAAUUUUCAAUGUUUAUCUUAUUAUAUAUUUAAAAUUCAAUUCCUGUAUUUGUGAUAUUUAAUUUUCAAUUUUAUCAAACAUGAUCUGAAUUAUUCGAAAAUUUAUUAUGUAUUAUUCUAAUUCUCUCAUAAAUCAGUGGGUCAAAAUUAAACAUGGGCUUCCCACAAUAAUAUGAAAAAAAAAAAUUUAGGGCAAAAUAUCUGUAGGAAGAAUAAAUAAAAACAAAAAAAAAGAAAAAGAAAAAAAAUCUGGUGAGCAGUGAGCGGAGCACAGAGAAGAGGAGAAAAACUGCAAGUAAACCGGGAAGAGUCGGCCGCUAAAAAAGCGCCACGUAUAGAAUUCUCAAUCCACAUCUGCUCUCUUCAACAACACUAUAACUUCGCUUCGCUACUCUCCAUCAGUGCAUUUCUGUGCGCCUGAGAAAGGUUCGGAGCUUCAAUUUUUCUUCUACGACUGUACUAGUCCUCUGUCUCUAGAUGGCAGCAUCGUCAGCUUGCAUUGUAGGGAAUAAUGGUUUAUCAACCCAUAAUACCAAAAAAAAGUUGAACAAAGAAGUCUAUGGCAAGCAUCUUUUCGUUCCUUCAAGAUUUCAGUUAUUAGGAAAGACAUCAAAAACAAUUCUCAUAAAAGCAUCUUUAGACCAGAGGCAUCAGCAGGGAGGAAGAGGUUUUCUAAAGAACGAAGGAAGAAGAGGCUUUCUAAAGCAGUUGCUUGGGAAUGCAGGACUCAUUGCACCCACUUUACUGGGAAGUGGGAAGGCAUACGCUGAUGACCAAGGAGUUUCUUCCUCCAGGAUGUCCUAUUCCAGAUUUUUGGAGUACUUGGAUAAAGACAGAGUGAGAAAGGUUGAUUUGUUUGAGAAUGGAACCAUUGCUAUUGUGGAGGCUGUUUCUCCUGAAUUAGGAAACCGGGUGCAGAGAGUCCGUGUACAACUGCCAGGACUCAGCCAAGAGCUUCUGCAGAAGUUCAGAGAGAAGAACAUUGACUUUGCAGCACAUAAUGCUCAAGAAGACUCAGGUUCCCUGUUAUUCAAUUUGAUUGGAAAUCUGGCUUUCCCGUUAAUCUUAAUCGGCGGUCUGUUCCUUCUCUCUCGACGUUCAUCUGGAGGCAUGGGUGGUCCUGGUGGGCCUGGUUUCCCCCUGGCAUUUGGUCAAUCAAAGGCUAAGUUCCAAAUGGAACCAAACACUGGUGUGACAUUUGAUGAUGUUGCUGGAGUCGAUGAAGCAAAGCAGGAUUUCAUGGAGGUAGUUGAGUUUCUGAAGAAGCCGGAGAGAUUCACUGCAGUUGGGGCUCGCAUUCCAAAAGGUGUCCUUCUUGUUGGUCCUCCAGGAACCGGAAAGACUCUUCUAGCCAAGGCCAUUGCUGGUGAAGCUGGUGUUCCAUUUUUCUCCAUAUCUGGUUCUGAGUUUGUUGAGAUGUUUGUUGGUGUUGGUGCCUCUAGGGUCCGUGAUCUCUUCAAGAAGGCCAAAGAAAAUGCUCCUUGCAUUGUAUUUGUGGAUGAAAUUGAUGCUGUUGGAAGGCAAAGAGGUACCGGCAUUGGUGGAGGAAAUGAUGAAAGAGAACAGACCCUUAACCAGCUUUUGACAGAAAUGGAUGGUUUUGAGGGUAACACUGGUAUCAUUGUCAUUGCAGCUACUAAUAGGGCAGACAUUCUAGAUUCUGCCUUGUUGAGGCCUGGAAGGUUUGACAGACAGGUGACUGUUGAUGUUCCAGAUAUACGGGGAAGAACAGAGAUAUUAAAAGUUCAUGCUAGCAAUAAGAAAUUUGAUGCAGAUGUCUCUCUUGAUGUGAUAGCCAUGAGAACCCCUGGUUUCAGUGGGGCUGAUCUUGCAAAUCUUUUGAAUGAGGCAGCCAUAUUGGCUGGUCGACGUGGAAAGACUGCAAUAUCAUCCAAAGAGAUUGAUGACUCAAUUGAUAGGAUUGUUGCUGGAAUGGAAGGUACAGUUAUGACAGAUGGAAAGAGUAAAAGUCUUGUUGCAUAUCAUGAAGUUGGCCACGCUAUUUGCGGAACUUUGACUCCAGGGCAUGAUCCAGUUCAGAAAGUGACACUAAUUCCUCGUGGUCAGGCACGGGGUCUUACCUGGUUUAUUCCUGCAGAUGAUCCUACCCUGAUCUCCAAGCAGCAACUUUUUGCAAGAAUAGUUGGUGGACUCGGCGGCAGAGCUGCAGAGGAAGUGAUCUUUGGAGAGCCUGAGGUGACUACUGGGGCAGCUGGUGAUUUGCAGCAGAUCACUGGUUUGGCAAAGCAGAUGGUGACGACAUUUGGAAUGUCUGAAAUUGGCCCAUGGUCACUUAUGGACUCCUCAACUCAAAGUGCUGAUGUAAUUAUGAGAAUGAUGGCUAGGAAUUCGAUGUCUGAAAAGCUCGCAGAAGACAUUGAUGCUGCUGUCAAGAGGUUAUCAGAUAGUGCAUACGAGAUUGCCUUAGGCCACAUAAGGAAUAACCGCGAAGCUAUCGACAAGAUUGUGGAAGUCCUACUGGAGAAAGAAACAAUGUCCGGUGAUGAGUUCCGAGCAAUCCUCUCGGAAUUUGUUGAGAUUCCUGCUGAAAAUCGGGUGCCUCCUUCCGUACCUUCGCCGGUGACUGUGUAAUUAACAUAUUUAAUUUAAAUUUUGAUUAUACAUCUUCAAGGUUAAAUUAGUAAGCUAUUCCAUGAGUGACCAUACGGGUAUAAUUGGCUUUUCAUUUUAAUACUCUUUUCUAAUACUCCUUGUAUAAAUUCAUAAUUAUUAAAAUCUAAAAAUAAAUAUUUUGUUGAACUCAUAAA